CGCCUCCGACGUCACAGGUAAAUACAGCCGCAGGGUAAAUAUGUCGGAAAUGGGCGGAUCUACGUGGGAAAAGGCUUGAAUCCUUCUCUUUUCGUCACCACUAAUUGUCGUGCUAUGUCAAGCCGCCGGUAGCACAAGGUAUAAAAGCUACGUUUUCCGGACAACGUUCACACAUGUCAUAAGGUUUCCCGCAUCUUCCAGCGUUCUGAUCGCACAGAUUUCUUAUUGCCUGUACAACUCUGCUACUACUACGAGAGGGUGUGUGUAUAUUAUCCCUCGCGUGUCACAUUCCGGGAGUUCCUACAAUCGCUGUUAUUGAUAAAGGAAGAUGUUUAACACAGGAAGUGUACACCGCUUAUUAAGUACGUGUGUGGCGCUGUGGAUAGCGACAUCAUCUGUGGUGCUGUCACAAGCCUGCCUUAUCGUCAUGCCCGAUGGUAUCGCUUCAGAUGUGACAUCCACCGUGUCCACUGCAGUCCCCACCAUCUCCGCGGCAGUCCCCACCAUGUCCGCGGCAGUCCCAGGGGAGGAGCUACAGGUGAACAACAUGUCAACCACGGAGGCUCACACCACACACAGGAUCCCCUGCCCCACGGGCUCGCCUCCCCUGGGGUAUGACGGGUUCUGUCUACACGGGGGAGAGUGUCUGUACCUAGCCGCUUUUCAAGAGGCAUCCUGUCGGUGUUUGGAGAUGUACUGGGGCCAGCGGUGUCAGUACCACAUCCCGUUCUCCCAGGCGGGACAGAAGACGGAACUAAGGGACACUUACAUCAUCAUCGGCGUGUUGUCUGCACUCCUGACACUACUGCUGGUCGGAGGGAUCGUACUUCUAGUCAGGAGAUGUCGAAGAGAGUCCGACAGUGCGGGUCCGGCUCACACCCACCUGGAGAAAGGGCAGUCUACAGACAGACUCACGCAAGAUGUAUAGUGGACUAUACUACACGUAGCAGAUCAUCUUCGUUGAUCAUCAUCUUUGGCGACCAUCUUCAUCUUCAAGCUUGUAACUAGCAGAUUCCUUGCGGGCAAAUUCUGCCAUUUGACAACCGAAGCUCUUCGGGAGAAACGUAGAAAAACGAAACUAAUUUUUGCAGCAAACAUGUAAAAACGUCCGUCCGUUUUCUAGACGCGUGUACCUAUACGCUAUGUAAAUAUGUUUUUAAGAAAUGGAUUAGUAAAAAAAACGUCAAUGUCAUCGUUUCAUUUACUAUUUCUAGUAAAAAUUCAUAGUACAUUUGUAAAAAUUCAACAUAUGGUUAUAUAUACAUAUUUAACCCUAACUUAUUUGUAAACUUGAGACAACAAUGUGAGAAAUAUGUACAGUGUGUAUCAGUAUUAUUGAUAAAUGUUGCAAAUCAUGAUGAAAA